CCAAUGACAAAGCUUUAUUUAUUAUUUUGGAAAAUUUAAAUAAUAUAAAUAAGAAAUAAAUUAUUUAUUUACCAAGAAAAUGAAACACUUAAUUUUUUUAAUUGCACAAAAUCUUUUGAUAACACAUUAAUUUUAACAGACUUUGUUAUCAAGGCGCUAUGAAAAAAAAAAAAAAAAAAAAAUUUAUAUUUGACAUUCCAAUGAACCGGCCAUGUUGGAGUUUCUAACCAUCAUCAACAUGAGACAUAUGCACACAUUUUUAUCACGAGUGUCUGGAGCUGUCUAAAGUAGUCUAAAGUAAAAGUCAUUAAUCCAGAAAUUAAUGAAUUCAUGAGAUAAAGAAAGUUUAUUUAAAUAGUUCAAUAUGCCAAAAGCAGAUAAACAAAUGGAUACUGUUACUGAAAAAUUAACAGACAUGUCUGUUGAUGAUGCAGGUGUUAAAAAAAUGUCCCAUAAGGAAAAGAAAAAAAUGAAGAAAAAGCAGGAAUAUGAACAGACAGUUGAAAAAAUGACAAAACUUGGUGGACAGGGACAUAGUGAUUUGGAUUCAAAUUUUACAGCAUCACAAAGUCAAACUCAACAACGUGGUGGACAACAAUUAGAUAAUGCUGUUGAUAUUAAAGUUGAAAAUUUUACAAUUGCUGCUAAGGGUAAUGAACUUUUUACAAAUGCAAAUUUAUUAAUUGCACAAGGUAGACGUUAUGGUCUUGUUGGUCCAAAUGGACAUGGUAAAACAACACUAUUACGACAUUUAGAAAAAAGAGUAUUUGCUAUUCCUCCAAGUAUUGAUAUAUUGUAUUGUGAACAAGAAGUUGUUGCUGAUGAUACACCAGCUGUUGAAAAUGUAUUAAAUGCUGAUGUUAAAUGUCGUAAGCUACAAGAUGAAUGUAAAAAAUUGGAAGAGCUUAUGGAAAAAGGUGAUGAGACUGUACAAGAUAGAUAUCAAGAAGUAUGUGAUGAAUUAAAAGCAAUUGGUGCUGAAUCAGCUGAAGCAAGAGCCAGAAGAAUAUUGGCUGGUCUUGGUUUUAGUAAAUCAAUGCAAAAUCGUGCAACUAAAAAUUUUUCUGGUGGUUGGAGAAUGCGUGUAUCAUUAGCACGUGCAUUAUUUUUAGAGCCAACAUUAUUGCUACUUGAUGAACCAACAAAUCAUUUAGAUUUAAAUGCUGUUAUUUGGCUUGAUAAUUAUCUUCAAGGAUGGAAAAAAACAUUGCUAAUUGUUUCUCACGAUCAAAGUUUUCUUGAUAAUGUUUGUACUGAUAUUAUUCAUGUUGAUCAACAAAAAUUAUUUUAUUACAAGGGUAAUUAUACUAUGUUUAAAAAAAUGUAUGAACAAAAAAAACGUGAAAUGAUAAAAGCAUAUGAAAAACAAGAAAAAAGAAUUAAAGAUUUAAAAGCACAUGGACAAAGUAAAAAAGCUGCUGAAAAAAAACAAAAAGAAGCUCUUACAAGAAAACAAGAAAAAAAUCGUACAAAAAUACAGAAGCAAGAAGAAGAUACUGGACCACAAGAACUUUUACAAAAAUUCAAAGCAUAUGUUGUUAAAUUUGAUUUUCCUGAUCCACCACCACUUCAACCACCAAUUCUUGGUUUAAAAGGUGUUACAUUUGGUUAUGAAGGCCAAAAACCUUUAUUUAUUGAUGUUGAUUUUGGUAUUGAUUUAUCAUCACGUGUUGCUAUUGUUGGACCAAAUGGAGUUGGUAAAUCUACAUUUUUAAAAUUACUUGUUGGUGAUUUGACACCACUGGAAGGUGAACUUUGUCGUAAUCAUAGAUUGAGAAUUGGAAGAUUUGAUCAACAUUCUGGUGAGCAUUUAACUGCUGAAGAAACACCAUCUGAAUAUCUUCAACGUUUAUUUGAUUUACAAUAUGAAAAAGCAAGAAAACAACUUGGUACAUUUGGUCUUAGCUCACAUGCACAUACAAUUAAAAUGAAAGAUUUAUCAGGUGGACAAAAAGCACGUGUUGCACUUGCUGAACUUUGUUUAAAUGCACCAGAUGUUGUUAUUCUUGAUGAGCCAACUAAUAAUCUUGAUAUUGAAUCAAUUGAUGCACUUGCUGAUGCAAUUAAUAAUUACAAGGGUGGUGUUAUCAUUGUGUCUCACGACGAACGACUCAUCAGAGAUACUGACUGUAAUUUAUAUGUUAUUGAGGAUCAAACAAUCAAUGAAACUGGUGGUGACUUUGAUGAUUACAGAGAAGAACUUCUUAAAAGUCUUGGUGAAGUAAUAAACAGUCCAAGCAUUGCUGCAAAUGCUGCUGUUGAACAAUGAUUAAUCUAAAUUGAUCUAUAGUUUAAUUAAAUAUUUAACAAAUUGCCUUGCAAAUUAGAAACAACAAAGAUUUUUUCAAUUAUAUUUUUUAAAUCAAUAGAAAAAAAUAAAAAAAAUACUGAUAAUAUUUUUAUUGUAAAUUUUAAUAGAAUAAAAUAAUGCAAUCUUGAAAUUUUAAACUCUGUUUUUGUCAUUUGUAAUUAAUAAAUAUUUAAUUAUAACAA